AGGUAACCAUGGGGAAGAGAGUGGCCAUCAUCGGGGCUGGCGUCAGCGGAUUGGCCUCCAUCAGGAGCUGUCUGGAAGAGGGGCUGGAGCCCAUUUGCUUUGAGAGGAGCAAAGAUGUUGGGGGCUUGUGGAAAUUCUCAGACAUUGCAGAGGAAGGGAGGGCUAGCAUUUACCAAUCAGUCUUCACCAACUCUUCCAAGGAGAUGAUGUGUUUUCCAGAUUUCCCAUAUCCUGAUGACUACCCCAACUUUAUGCACAACAGCAAGCUCCAGGAAUAUAUCAUUGCAUUUGCCAAAGAAAAGAACCUCCUAAAAUAUAUACAGUUCAAGACACUUGUAUCCAGCAUAAACAAAUGUCCUGAUUUCUCAGUCACCGGUCAAUGGAAUGUUACCACUGAAAAGGAUGGUAAAAAACAAUCAGCUGUUUUUGAUGCUGUAAUGAUUUGUUCGGGACAUCAUGUAUAUCCCAACAUACCAAAAGAGUCCUUUCCUGGACUAAAACUUUUUAAAGGCGAAUGCUUCCAUAGCCGGGACUAUAAGGAACCAGGAAUAUUUAAGGGAAAGCGAGUCCUAGUGAUUGGCCUGGGGAAUUCUGGCUGUGAUAUUGCCACGGAACUCAGCCACACGGCAGCACAGGUGAUCAUUAGCUCCAGGAGUGGCUCCUGGGUGAUGAGUCGGGUCUGGGAUGAUGGUUAUCCAUGGGACAUGAUGUUCAUCACGCGAUUUGAAACAUUCCUCAAGAACAACUUACCAACAGCCAUCUCUGACUGGUGGUACAUGAAGCAAAUGAAUGCAAGAUUCAAGCACGAGAACUACGGCUUGAUGCCUUUAAAUGGAACCCUGAGGAAAGAGCCUGUGUUUAAUGACGAGCUCCCAGCUCGCAUCCUAUGUGGCACUGUGUCCAUCAAGCCCAACGUGAAGCAGUUCACAGCGACCUCAGCUGUGUUUGAGGAUGGGACUGUGUUUGAGGCCAUUGACUGCAUCAUUUUUGCCACAGGCUAUAGUUAUGCCUACCCCUUCCUUGAUGACUCCAUCAUCAAAAGCAGAGAUAAUGAGGUCACCUUGUUUAAAGGCAUCUUCCCUCCUCUACUGGAGAAGCCAACCAUGGCAGUGAUUGGCCUUGUCCAGUCCCUGGGGGCUGCCAUUCCCACAACAGACUUGCAGGCCCGCUGGGCAGUGCAAGUAAUAAAGGGAAUUUGCACUUUGCCUUCUGUGAAAGACAUGAUGAAUGACAUUGAUGAGAAAAUGGGGAAAAAACUCAAAUGGUUUGGCAAAAGCGAAACCAUACAGAUGGAUUAUAUUGUUUAUAUGGAUGAACUUGCCUCCUUCAUUGGGGUCAAACCCAACAUCCCGUGGCUGUUUCUCACAGACCCCAAGCUGGCCUUGGAAGUAUUCUUUGGCCCUUGCAGCCCAUACCAGUUUAGGCUGAUGGGCCCAGGAAAGUGGCCAGGAGCCAGAAAUGCCAUCUUGACCCAGUGGGACCGAACACUGAAACCCAUGAAGACGAGAGUUGUCGGGCAUCUUCAGAAGCCUUGCCUAGCUUUCUGGUGGCUUAAGCGCCUAGCUAUUCCUACUUUGCUCAUUGCUGUUUUCCUUGUGUUGAUCUAA